GCGUGAUACUCACAGUGCAAAGCAGUACAAGGCAACAACAGGACCGUGGAUUUCGUGCGCAUCGUUUACUCUUCAUCAGAAUCGAGACCAAAAUGCUAGCCGUUCUUGCUUCGUUGCUCCUUGUGGCUCUUGUCAAUGCCCAGAGACCUGUACCAUGUGAGACCCCUCCAGAGUGGAAUGGACGUCAAAUGACGAUUGAUCCUGAAAAGAAAUUUGCUGUGUUCGCAAGAAUAUCGUACGAUGCUCCUAAUGAAAGGAUUAACAUCGUUGAAGAAGUGGAUAUAUAUCAGAAAGAGAAAAAGUUCUACGAAUACAUUAUCUUGUUUAAAGAAGGAAUCAUGUACCAGAUCGAGCUGAGUACCAAAAGGACUGGCAAGUGUGAAAAGAAGAAAUUAUCCGAACCUUUCCACAAGUUUAAAAUACCGGACAAUGCUACAGCUAUUGGAGAGGCCACUAUUGGCUCUAAUGCGCUUCCAGGUGCAGGAGUAAACGUGGCGUUUUUCACGGGAGAAAUUGACGGAGAUCGUUUCUUUCUGACGGUUACCACAGAAGGAUGUCUUCCAGUUCAUCAAAAUAUUGAAACCAAGACAGCUGGUACCAUGCACAUCGGCUAUUAUGAUCUGGAACUUGGGGUGGACCCUGAACGGUUUGUUCCUCCAAGAGAGUGUGAGUAGCCGUGGACGACUCAUGGAGCAUGCGCAGCUUUUCAGUGGUAACGAAUUUGCCAAGUAGGAAUCAGUUCCAGAUCAGAAGCUUCUUUUUCACUGGUCACAGAAAGCCGGGAAGAAAAACUCCGUGUGGAGCUUGAUUUAAAGUGUAUUUUCAAUGGUCUAAUAAACAGCUGUCGCAAAAAGCAUA